ACAGGUCAGAGGCCGGAACUGGGCAGGUUGUGGAAAGCGCAGGGUUUUGACAAAACAAGCGGCGACGGUACCACCGCAGGGUCUAUGGCCGAGGCGGUGAGGCCCCAGCGCCGGGCCAAGGCCAAGGCCGGCCGGACCAAAACCAAGGAAAAGAAGAAAUAUGAAAUCCUUCAGAGGGAAGAGUCUGAUGAAAUCUCUCUUGCCAAAACCCCUAGAGAGGUGGAAAUCCCUACUCCAGCUUGUGAAUUUAAAGGAGACCAUCUGAAAGUAUUAACUGAUUCCCAGCUCCAGAAUGAUGCCAGUGGACAAAAUGAGAGUGAAAUGUUUGAUGUACCACUUACCUCCUUAACUGUGAGCAGUGAAGAGUCUCUGACAUGUAACACAGAGACUUUAAAGGACGGGGAGGAGAUCAGAGCCCACGUUGGGGAUGAUGCAAUCAAGCUCAAGGUCAACCCUGGAGACAGUAUUGGAACCAAAGCAGAAACCCUCAAGAACUCUACAGAAGUAGAGGAAGAUAAAUUGGUACAGUGUGGACCUUCAGAAAGCACGCUGCAAUCUAAUGUUUCUUAUAUUCAACAGGAGAUAGAAAAUUUACAGCUCAGAGAAACUCAGAAUAGGAAAGAAGACGAAAGCUUGGGUCUUUCUUCAGAGGUGCUCCAAAAUAUUGGCUUGCAGAGUCCUUGUGAAGCCAAAGACAUUUUUCAGCCACCUAGAGUGAGAAAACUGUAUCCCCAGUUGCCAGCUGAAAUUGCUGAUGAUGUACCAGCUUUGGUGGCAGUGAAACCCUUUCUUCGCAAUGAGCGCCUCUACCCGGAGCUCCCAUCUCAACCGGAAGUGGUGCCAUUUACUAAAGAGCAGCUAAAAAUCUUUGAGCCCGGUUCAUGGCUGGAAAAUGUUGAGUCAUAUUUAGAAGAAUUUGACAGCAUGGCUCAUCAGGACAGGCAUGAAUUUUAUGAGUUGCUUUUGAACUACUCACGAUGUAGGAAGCAGCUGCUGCUGGCCGAAGCCGAGCUCCUUGCUCUGACGUCUGAUUGUCAAAGUGCUAAAAAUCGACUGUGGCAUUUUAAGGAGGAACAGUUGUCAGUUCAGGGUAUCUGCGAGGAUCAAGUGAAAGUUUCAGGCUAUCACCGCUACCAGAGAGUGGAGAUGAGUGAAAGUGCCCUGGGAGAGCUAAAGAAGCUGUUUGAUGCCAAAUCCGAGCACCUCCACCAGACCCUGGCUCUGCAUUCUUACACCUCUGUGCUCUCCCGGUUGCAAGUGGAGUCUUACAUCUAUGCGUUGCUCAAUAGUUCGGCUGUUCUGAGAUCUUUAGCAAUUCAUCAGGAAGGCCGAGCUUCUAAACAGAUAGCAAGCAUUCCUUCUGAUCUGUGUCAGCUAAAGGAGUGCAUUAGUGUCUUGUUCAUGCUCACCAGGAGGGUUAAUGAAGAUGCUCAGUUCCAUGACGAUAUUCUUCUGUGGCUGCAGAAAUUGGUGUCAGUGUUACAAAGAGUCGGCUGUCCUGGAGAUCACCUCUUUCUUCUAAACCAUAUUCUUCGCUGCCCAGCUGGUGUUAGUAAAUGGGCUAUUCCUUUUAUCCAGAUCAAAGUUAUGAAUAACCCAUCAGGGGUCUUUCAUUUUAUGCAGUCCCUUGCCCUGCUAAUGUCUCCUGUCAAAAAUCGAGCAGCGUUCCUGUGCCACAUGAAGCCCAGCGAGCGGAAGCCAUCGUCCUCAGGGCCUGCGCCUGGGACGUGGACGCUAGUGGACGAGGGAGGAGAAGAGGAUGAAGACCCUGAGACCAGUUGGAGUCUCCUUAAUGAAGAUGAUUUGGUUAUUCUUUUAUCCCAGUUUCCAUUUCAUGAACUUUUUCAGCAUCUUCUUGGGUUUAAAGCAAAAGGUGAUUAUUUACCUGAAACAACAAGACCUCAAGAGAUGAUGAAAAUGUUUGCCUUUGCUAACUCCUUAGUGGAACUUCUGGCUGUGGGGUUAGAAACUUUUAAUAGAGCACGCUAUAGGCAGUUUGUGAAGCGAAUCGGUUACAUGAUGAGGAUGACCCUUGGUUAUGUGAGUGACCACUGGGCACAGUUCGUGAGCCACAACCAAGGCUCGGGAUUGGCCCUGCAGCCCUACUCCAUGGAGAAACUGCAGGUUGAGUUCGAUGAGCUGUUUUUGAGAGCUGUCCUCCAUGUGCUGAAAGCCAAAAGACUUGGCAUUUGGCUGUUUAUGUCGGAAAUGCCCUUCGGGACACUGUCGGUCCAGAUGCUCUGGAAGCUCUUCUAUCUCAUGCACCAGGUGGAGAGCAGGGAUCUGGAGGAGCUCUGCACCGUCCUCCCGCCCGCCGAGUGCAAGAAGCGGCUGCAAGACCCAGAACAUUUUGUCAACUUUGAGAAGUGUCUUUCUUCCAUGAAUAGCUCAGAAGAGAUUUGCCUUCUAACUACUUUUGCUCAGAUGGCGCAGGCCAGAAGAACCAAUGUGGACGAAGACUUCAUAAAAAUUAUUGUGCUGGAGAUAUAUGAGGUAUCUUACGUCACCCUGUCCACCAGAGAGACUUUUUCAAAAGUUGGUCGAGAGCUGUUAGGGGCCAUCACAGCGGUUCACCCUGAGAUAAUUUCUGUCCUUUUGAAUAGAGUUCAAGACACCAUUGACCAGGUUGGAAUGGUUUCUUUAUACUUGUUUAAAGAACUACCUUUGUAUCUCUGGCGACCUUCUGCCUCUGAGAUGGCUGUGAUUCGGGACUGGUUAUUGAAUUAUAACCUGACAAUGGUGAAGAAUAAACUGGCCUGCGUUAUUCUAGAAGGACUGAAUUGGGGGUUUGGUGACCAGGGUUCUCUUCAUCUGGAUCAAGCAGUCCAUGCUGAAGUAGCUUUAAUGAUUCUGGAAGCAUACCAGAAGUACCUUGCACAGAAGCCAUACGCUGGGCUUCUCUCUGAAAGUAUGAAACAGGUUUCAUAUUUGGCCAGUAUUGUUCGAUAUGGAGAGACACCUGAGACUUCAUUUAACCAGUGGGCCUGGAACUUGAUCUUGAGGUUAAAACUGCACAAAAACGACUAUGGAAUACAGCAGAAUUCUCCAACUGUUCCCUUCUCCAGCACUGUGCCUGAAAUGACAGAGUCACCCACGUUCCAUCCUCUCUUGAAGGCUGUCAAGGCGGGCAUGCCCAUUGGCUGUUAUCUGGCCUUGGCUAUGACGGCCGUGGGCCACAGCAUUGUGAAGUUCUGUGAAGAAGGCAUCCCACUCUUGGGAAUUCUGGUCCAGUCGAGGCAUUUGAGAACAGUGGUCCACGUCCUGGAUAAGAUUCUGCCUUUGUUCUACCCUUGCCAGUGUUACCUUCUGAAGAAUGACCAGUUUCUGUCACACCUCCUCCUGUUCCUACACUUGGACAGCGGUGUCCCUCAGGGUGUCACGCAGCAGGUCACCCACAAGGUGGCCCAGCACCUGAUGGGAGCCAGCCAUGGCGACAACGUGAAGCUUCUCAACAGCAUGAUCCAGGCCCACAUUUCUGUAAGCGCUCAGCCCAAUGAAGUGGGCCCGGUUGCUGUACUGGAGUUCUGGGUUCAAGCUCUUAUAAGCCAACAUCUUUGGUACCGAGAACAACCCAUCCUGUUCCUCAUGGACCAUUUGUGUAAAACAGCUUUCCAGCUGAUGCAGGAAGACUGUGUGCAGAAAUUGCUCUACCAGCAACAUAAGAAUGCUUUGGGGUACCACUGUGACCGGAGUCUCCUCUCCUCCUUGGUGAGCUGGAUCGUGGCUGGCAACAUCACCCCUUCCUUUGUGGAGGGCUUGGCCACAUCCACUCAGGUCUGGUUUGCGUGGACCGUCCUGAACGUGGAAUCCAUCUUUGAAGAAGACUCCCAGCUCCGAAGAGUUGUUGAAGGGGAGCUGGUUAUAAACGCUGCGUUCAGCCCCGACCAGGCUCUGAAGAAGGCCCAGGCCCAGCUGAAGCUCCCCAUCGUCCCCUCCCUCCAGAGGCUGCUGAUUUAUCGUUGGGCCCACCAGGCUCUCGUCACGCCUUCCGACCAUCCCCUUCUGCCGCUCAUUUGGCAGAAGUUCUUCCUCCUGUAUCUUCACCGCCCAGGACCGCAGUACGGGUUACCCAUAGAUGGCUGUAUUGGAAGAAGGUUUUUUCAAAGCCCUGCUCAUAUCAACUUGUUGAAAGAAAUGAAGAGGCGCCUGACUGAGGUGGCUGACUUCCACCAUGCGGCCAGCAAGGCCCUCCGCGUCCCAGCAGAGGGCAGUGAAGGGCCGCCGGCGAGCCAGCCGGGCCCCGCCGCUUACCUGACCUCCCCGGAGCUGCACACGGAGCUCGUGAGGCUCUUCAAUGUAUAUAUAUUAUGGCUAGAAGAUGAGAAUUUUCAAAAAGGAGAUACGUAUAUCCCUUCUCUGCCAAAGCACUAUGAUACCCACAGGCUGGCAAAAGUGAUGCAGAAUCAGCAGGACCUGUGGAUGGAGUAUUUGAACAUGGAGCGCAUACAUUACGAGUUUCAGGAAACCAUUGGUUUGUGGAUGCAGGCCAAGCUGGAGUCCCAUUCCACACCCUGCAGUCUGUCAGUGCAGCUGGACUUCACUGAUCCGUUGUUGGCUAAAGAAAGAGUUUUAAGUAACCUGCGGAAGCAUGAGGACCCCCAGCCUCCCCUAGUUCUGCACCCCAUGAGGCCCCCUGUCCCAGUUAUUUCCUCAGCCGUGCUCCUGAGUCAGAAGGACACCACCCAGAUGGUGCGCGCAGACCUGAGUGUGUUGCAGCAGCAGGCCAGAACUGCAGCUCUUCGGGAAUCUCAGCAGGUUGCCCUGGAUAGUGAGCUGCUGGACACAAUGCCCAAACAGUACGUUAAUCGAGAAGAGCAGGCCACACUCCACUUGGAGUGCAGAGGCAGCGGUGGUAAGAUGUGCCAAGGGGCAGCGGUCGUAACGGUUCAGUUUGAAGGUAUGCACAAGAAUGAAGCAGUAAGCCAGCAGCUCCGUGUUCUGCGAAAAGAAGUGAAGCAGUUGCAAGCAGAAGCUGCUAAGCCACCAUCACUUAAUGUUGUGGAAACCGCUGUGCAUGCAGAAAACUUGAUCACGGCCUUGGUGAAUGCCUACCAGUCACAGCCCACCCCCGGGGUUCAGAAGGUUGGCAUCAGCCUCUUCUUCACUGUCGUGGAUUAUGUCAGCGAUGAGACCCAGCGUCACCCUCCCACAAGGCAGUUCUUUACUUCAUGCAUUGAGAUCUUGGGACAGGUGUUCAUCAGUGGCACUAAAUCCGAAUGCAGGAGGGUGCUUCAGACCAUCCUGAAGAACCAGAGACUCUGCUCUCUUUUGUCCCCCUUCUUCACUCCCAAUGCGGCACCUGCAGAGUUCAUACAGCUGUAUGAGAAGGUGGUGAAGUUUCUAAGUGAGGACAACAGUGACAUGACUUUCAUGCUGCUCACCAAGUUCGAUCUUAAGCAAUGGUUAAACACCACUAAACCUCCUCUGUCUGAUCGUACCAGGCUUCUGGAGUUCAUUCACUUGGCACUUACUGCCUGGGGCCUUGAACCAGAUGAAGAGAUUUUGAUGCCAUUUAAUCUUUUCUGUAAGCACUGGACUUACCUUCUCCUCUACCAGUUCCCUGACCAGUACAGUGACAUUCUCAGGCUGCUGAUGCAAAGCUCCGCCGAGCAGCUGCUGAGCCCCGAGUGUUGGAAAGCCACCCUGAGAGCCCUGGGCUGCUGCUCCCCGAACUGCCAGCAGGGGCCAGCUUCUGCUGAGAGCACAGGGCUUCAGAGCUCUCCGGAUGGUCUCUUGUCGGACAAGCAGGUGGUGGAGACCAUACAGUGGCUCUCCAACUUUUUAAAUAAGCUUCGGUUAUCCACGUUGGACUUUAAAAGUUUUGGCUUAUUUUCAAAAUGGAGCCCUUACAUGACUGAAAUGAAGACACUCUUGGCCUAUCUGGUGAAAAGGCUGCUUGACUCAGAAAUGGUCUGCUUGGCCCAGGGCCCAUCUGCCAGCAGCAAAACAGUGCUGAGAUCCCUGCAUUCGAUAAUCGUCCAGCUCUUUAAGCCAUGGAUCCUGGUUUUAGAGGACAAUGAAAGCGGCCAGCGACAUUACCCCUGGCUGGAGAGUGAUGCCGUGGUGGCCUCAAGCGUCGUGCAGCUGUUCACCGACUGCAUCGAUUCAUUGCACGAGAGAUUUAAAGAUAAGCUCUUGCCCGGUGAUGAAGGAGCCCUGCGGUUACACCUGCUGCAUUAUUGUGAAGCAUGUACGGCACCCAAAAUGCCCGAGUUCAUUCUGUACGCUUUUCACAGCGCCUACCGGAAACUGCCGUGGAGGGACCUGCAUCCCGACCAGAUGCUCAUGGAAGCUUUCUUCAAAGUGGAACGAGGAAGUCCCAAGAGCUGCUUCUUAUUUUUGGGCUCUGUCCUCUGCGAAGUCAACUGGGUCAGUGUGCUCUCUGACGCCUGGAACCCCAGCCCCCUCCCAGAGACCCGGAGCAUGGUUGUCUGUCUCCUUUUCAUGAUGAUUUUAUUGGCAAAGGAAGAUCAACUGGUAGACCAAACUGAUUCGCCUCUACUUACUCUCCUUGGACAGACAAGCUCGCUUUCAUGGCAUCUGGUGGAUACUGUGUCGUAUCAGAGUGUGCUGGCUUAUUUCAGCAGCCAUUACCAGCCGUCCAUCAUCCUGGCACAGGAACCUUCUGCUGAAUUAAUCGUGAAGCUCCUAAAAGUGUCUGCAGGCCUUUCCGUCCCUACUGACAGCCAGAAACAUCACGAUGCAGUUCCAAAAUGCCGAGCCUUCACCCAUCAGAUGGUUCAGUUCCUCAGCUCCCUGGAGCAGAAUGGGAAAAUCUCCUUAGCGGCCCUGGAACAGGAAAUGUCUAAGCUCUUGGAUGACAUCAUUGUUUUUAACCCACCUAAUGUGGACAGCCAGGCCCGCCACAUGGCCCUCAGCAGCCUCUUUAUGGAAGUGCUGAUGAUGAUAAACAACGCCACCAUCCCCACGGCAGAGUUCCUACGGGGCAGCAUCCGGACCUGGAUCGGGCAGAAGGUGCAUGGGCUGCUGGUCCUGCCGCUGCUGACGGCAGCCUGCCAGAGCCUGGCCUCCGUCCGCCACAUGGCCGAGACGACGGAAGCCUGCAUCACCGCCUACUUCAAAGAGGGCUCCCACCAUCAGAAUUUAGGAUGGGGCCCCAUCCUGGUGUCCCUUCAAGUUCCUGAGCUCGCCAUGGAAGAGUUUCUGCAGGAGUGCCUGUCCCUUGGCAGCUACCUGACCCUCUACGUCUACUUGCUGCAGUGUCUAAAUAGCGAGCAGACAGCAAGGAACGAAAUGAAAGUGCUGCUCACCUUGAGCAGGUGGCUGGAGCAGGUGUAUCCAAGCUCGAGCCAGGAAGAAGCGAAGCUGUUCCUGUGGUGGCACCAGGUCCUGCAGCUGUCCUUGGUCCAGACGGAGCAGAAUGACUCGGUCUUGACGGAAUCGGUCAUUCGAAUUCUGCUCAUGCUCCAGGGCAGGCAGAACCUGCUGGCCGAGGAGAGGCUCAGCUCCGGGAUUCUCGGGGCCAUUGGGCUGGGCCGGAAGUCGCCCUUGUCUAACAGGUUCCGAGUGGCUGCCCGAGGCAUGGCUGCCUUCCUUUCAGUUCAGGCUCCUGCCGAGGACCAGAUCCGUUUGAAGCCUGGCUCUGAAUUACAUCUGACCCUGAAAGCUCAGCAGGCUCUGAGUGCCCUCGAAUCCUUGCCAUCAAGUAAGCAGUACGCUGAAUACCAGGACCAUAUAUCGCGAGCUGUGCAGUUCAUAAAGCAUCCUGGUCAUUGCCUGCAAGACGGGAGAAGCUUCCUGGCUCUUCUUGUGAACUGUCUUUACCCAGAAGUGCAUUAUUUGGACAACAUACGGUAGUAACACUGAGGCUCUUGAUAAACCUGUCGCUGUUUAUGUUUACAUUUACCUUUGCUGUUGCCCAGAUAACUUUGCUCAGCUUCACUGCAGUCUGGCCAGUGAGUUAGUUGACCAGGAUGCAAGUUGGUAGGCACUAGAUGAUUCUGUUGUGCAUGUACACAUGUGGGUAUGUGUGUUUCCUCAACUCUUAACAUGCCAGGGACUUCAUAGUUUUUAUAUUCAUUCAACAAGAGAAACUUACUAAGUUCUACUUGGGUAGAAAGCCACUCACAGUUGCUGAACAUCCCGGUCAUCUCAUGAGACCCAGGGAUGGGGUUCUGUACAUCUGCACUUCUGUCUUCUCUGUUUUAUUUAAAUAUCAGGACUCCUGUGCCAGAUCUAACUACUUUGGGAUCAUGUCGAACCCUCACUUCUGAACCCCAUCUGUGUUCCUUCAAAGUGAAAAAGCUUUGAAAAGUUCUGCAUUUCUCAACUAUGGGGAAAUAACACCAACUUAAAAGUAUUGUAUUAUUUCUCUCAGAAGGGAGAUAAGACGGCUGAGUUAAAGUGAGUCUUGUCAGAAAUGUGACCAUUUGAUCCUGACUACAGUGGACAGGAGAGGUGGUGACAAGUCCAUUUCCAUCCAGGUGUGUCCUCAUGGAGAAGGAGCUGUCUGUCUAAAUCGGGGGUGCGGGCUGGCGGUCUGUGGAGGGCCUGCCUUGCAGAGAUGUGUUUUGUUUGGUCCCCGGGGGUGAUAGUGUAGACAAGGGCUUGCUCUCUCCAGUUCUCUGUAGACCUACAUUCCCUUUGGUUCUACCCUAGCCGGUUCCUUCAUUCAUGUCACUUACUUGGCCCCUGCAGACACCUAAAUUUGCAACUCUUCCCAGACACCAAGUGUGACAUCUGAAGGUCCUACUGUUAAGAGAGACAGAGACUGAGAACUUGACUCUCUGUUCCCUGUGUGUUUCUUCACUCCCUAUUUAAACUCAAAUGAACCUAGCAAAUCCACUGAAACACUGAUCCUGGGAACUGGCCCAGCUCAGGAGACUUAACUAAAAUUUGGCUUUUUUCAAAUCGCCACGUGCCUUCUGUUGUUAACAGUUCGCUCAUUACCAAAGCCUGUCUGUGACGUUGCCUUGUUUUGCUACCGUCUUCUGGAUCUUGUCAUUUCCCCCAGGAGUUAGCAAUUUGACUUCUGUCAUCAUAGUCACAAUUCUGUUGGUUCAGAAUUGAUUUCGUUGUCCAGCCUGCAUAAAAUGUCUUUUGUUUGUGGGUUAGCUAUCACCUGAAGAGACUUACCUAAAAAUGUCCUAGCAGUCACUGAGAGCUUUUAGCCAGGGGAAGAGGGCUGUAGGUGACCAUCUCUUUUCAAAUAUCAUUUUCGAGUGCUUCCCUGAACAUUUGGGAAUGUGUAGGAGUUGUUCUUUUUUUGAACCUCAUUCCUUGGACGGAACCGUCCUGCCCCACAGACGUGCUCUGGUAAAGAUCAUCCCUGUUGGCCUCCAAGUUCUGUGGCCGCCAAGUGUCCAUCUCUGAGGGAGGCGUCCCCGAGCUUUCCUUGUUUUUGCAUCUCUCCGUUUUCAAAAUCAGUCAUCUUCCCUGUGCUGUGUCUAAGAACGUUCUAGAAGCUGUGGACAGUUCCACGGCUGACUUGGCAACAAAGAUUUCACGCCAGGAAGUAUUUCAUGUGCUGUUUCCUUUGAGGAGGGUGUAAUUGCUGAUACCCUAGAAUGUGAACCUUUGGAGUGACAGUAUGUACAUUUAAAGAAAAUUAUGUUUAAUCUCUUAAUUUUUGAAGGUUUAUAAUAUUUAUAAUGUAUUUGCCCUGUAAAAACUAUAAAAAUAAAUAAAUCUUUGGUUGUAGCUGGUAAGAAUCUGAUUUUUAGGGCUAUCACACGAUCUUGUGAAGUAUUUCAGUUGUUAAAAUUGAUGCAAAUUUUUAUGUCUGAUGUUAUCCAUUUUCUUUGAUACUGUGAGAGACGGUUGAUAAAAAUGCUUCCUCUUCAUGCUUAACAGUGGAAGGCUUACAGCGUAGGUUCCUCUAAGAGGCUCGAGGCUACGAAAUUGUAAGGACACUGAGAUAGUUCAGAAGGUGGAAACACUGCUGUAGCCUCCUGGAAGAGAACAGGCCAGUCUGCCCACUGGCUUUCAGGAAUAAUGAGCCUUUGCUGGCGAGAUAGUCACCCCGAGAGCGCACAGGACCAGUUUCAGAGACGGUUACCGAUGCUGCGCGCAGAUACCUGGAUCAGGACAAGACCGAGGCGCCCCGGUGCCCGAGCGGCAUUGAAUGUGGACCAGCGUGGGCUUUCCCCGAGCGUGGCCGGCAGUGGCAUCUGGUUCGGAUGGGGAUGCCUGGCCGCUUCCUGGGCUUGAUGAGAAGCACUUCUGCUCCUCCACUCGCCUUUCUGCUCUGCACAAGGGACGGGUCAGAGAGGCACACUUGGCGCCCGGUCUCCUGGCUCCACCGCCUGACUCCGCAGCAAGCUGGAGGCACAGCCGCCAGGGGAGGGAGGUCCUGUGACGUGUCUGCUCGGCCUGGCGGAGGAGCCAGGCCCCUCCCUGCGUUUCUCCGAUCUCGUUUCAUAGUUUCACAGUCAGUUUGUUGGCUCAGUCACAUCUGCCUCCCUGGAGUUGCCUGAGUCUCCCGGUUCUUUGAGCCGGAAAAUGAAAACCCCCAGAGCAGCCCAACCUCCCUUUACCCAAGUGCCAACCCCCUUCGUCCCCGUCAGUCACCACAAUCCGUAGGCCCACGUUGUACAAGUUAGAGCGUCCAUGCCCUUUCUUCCUUCUGAGUGAAGGUGAUACGCAAUUUUCUGUUGGAUUUUUACUCCUAAAAUUGAUGAUUUCUUCUGGAGCAGGAAGCAGAUGUCGUAGAGUCAUGACGGCUGGUGUCAGCAGGGGCGUUAGGGCUCAUCCAGCCCCACCUGUCACUCAGCAGGGAUCCCAGCCCUGGUCCUCCAGCCUCUUCUCUGCCCUUUCCUGUAGCCGGUGGUCCUGCCCUCGGGGACGAGCCCCAGCGUAGUCCUGCUCUGUGCGGAGCUGAAACUGGCCUCCUGGUGCCACUGAUCCUGGCUCUGCGGGAGCAGGCUGGGCCGGGGCUGCUGUCUCACCUGCUCACGACAGACCUUCAGACCUUCGGACAUUUUCAUGCCUCAUCACACCUGACCCUGUCCGUCUGCCACCCCCCUUCUCUUUAGGCCAAAUGCCUUGUCCCUUUAGUUAGUCCUCUUCCCCCACAAGGUCUAACAGGGCUGCACUUUGGGACAGCUGCCCAAACUCGCCUAUGUUAGCAGAUAAGAGCCACGUCCGGGACAGCAGGGCCGGGGCUCGGGUGAAACCAACAAGGCACCCAGGGCACACGUGUAAGGUGGCACUCGCCUUAGUCCCGGGCCCUCAGCCCGGUCUCUGCCUUGGGGGUUGGCCACACUAGUGGGGGUCAAGCAGCAGAGUCCGCCCCCACGGACACGUGGGCAGCGUUGGCUCUGAGCAGCUGUGCCCUCCCACUGAAUGGCACAUCGAAUCGGUGGUGAGUUCUGACUCCAGACUUCGGUUUACCAUCCGUUGCUGCCAAAGACUGGUCUCUUCACCUGCCCGCAUGAGAGGUCUGACAUUAAGGCCCUUUGCACUUACCCUUUAAAACUAUCUGCUUCAUGUUGGACCAACUUUAUAGCUUAUUUUGAGCUGGUAGCUGACAAUCUUUCUGCUCAGUUAACUUUGUCUUAUUCAGCAAAAAUGGAGUAAUAAGCAUGUUGCUUUAAAAAAAAAAAAAAGUUGUCCCUUCUGUGGUCUUCCAUUUGCCUCUGGGUCGUUCUGGAUAAGGGUCUUGGUUUCCCACCAGGUGCUAAUACUGACCUUGUUCUGGUCCACGAUGGUCCUUUCAUGUUACAGCGACAUGUGUCCUGUAGAAGUUGAAGUUGAAAUUUCCUUCUGUCUGAAUAGAUUCUCGAUUUCUGAUGACAAUCACUUGGCAAAAAUAAAAUUAAACUACUGACUCUA